AUGGCGGCGCCGUCCAAAAUCGAAGGCACCGAGCUGAGCGGCGGAAGCGGCGGGCCCGAGGACGACCGCGGCGAGAACGGCACCGGGGAGCCCACGGGCGGCGCUGUGGUGACCGGCAACCGUCGCCCCCGCGGCCGGCCGGCUGGGUCCAAGAACAAACCGAAGCCCCCCAUCUUCAUCACGCGGGACAGCCCGAACGCGCUGCGCAGCCAUGUGAUGGAGGUUGCCGGCGGGGCCGACGUGGCUGAGUCCAUCGCCCACUUCGCGCGCCGCAGGCAGCGCGGUGUGUGCGUGCUCAGCGGGGCCGGCACAGUCACAGACGUCGCCCUGCGCCAGCCGGCGGCGCCCGGCGCCGUGGUGGCCCUCCGCGGCCGCUUCGAGAUACUCUCUCUCACCGGCACCUUCCUGCCGGGCCCCGCGCCGCCGGGAUCGACGGGGCUGACCGUGUACCUGGCGGGUGGGCAAGGACAGGUAGUAGGCGGCAGCGUCGUCGGGACGCUCACCGCGGCCGGGCCGGUCAUGGUGAUCGCGUCGACGUUCGCGAACGCCACCUACGAGAGGCUGCCUCUGGACGAGGAGGCCGAGGAGGAGGAAGCUCGAGGUGGAGGUCCUGGAGGGCCGAUGCCUCCACUGAUGGGGGGAAUGCCGGUGGAUCCGUCGGCGAUGCCGAUGUUCGGUGGCAGCUUGCCCCCAAACAUGAUGCCAGGGGGCGCCGGCGCCGGGCUGCAGCUCGGACACGAGGCGCUUGCAUGGGCUCAAGCUCAGCAUGCACGGCCGCCGUACUAACAAUUCCGAUGAUCAAGCCGUUGGCUUAAUUAUGUAGAAUGGAUUGGUCGAACUGAUCGAUGGGUACAAAUUAAGAUUGUGCUAUGUAGCUUGAUUCAUAUGGUUCACACUGAAGAAUUAAGCAAAUAUCUCUCUGACCAGGAGCUAAUAAAUGGCAGGUUUGUAUCA